CCAUCGCUGAGCUCUGCCAAUGAAGACCGCAAACGGUGCAGCGCUCGCUCGCCCAAAUUCGCCGCCACUUCAUUAAUAAACACGCUCUGUGAUGUAGUGAGCUUCCUCGUCUACCUUGUAAUCGUGUCGAGCCGAUACCUGCGCUCGAUCAGGGCGGCCGCAGCCAAGAUGAUUCUCUUUCGGAAAUUCCGCGUUUUGAUCCUCAUGGUGUUCCUGGUCGCGUGCACCAUGCACAUCAUGAUCGACUUGCUGCCCAAGUUGGAGCGCCGCGCGGCGGGAUCGGGCGCCGGAGGCGGCGGCGGCGGCGGCGGCGCCGCGUGCUCGUGCGCGCACGGCCCGAGCGACGAGCCGCAGAGCUGGGGCAAGCAGCGGCUGCGAGCGGCCGCCGAGCCGGGCUGGCCUAACAAGCACACGCUGAGGAUCUUGCAGGACUUCAGCAACGAGCCCGGCUCCAACCUCACGUCGCACUCCGUGGAGAAGAUCACGGGGCCCGCGGACAGAGCGGAGAGCUUCGGAAAGCGGCACGACUCGCAGUACGCGCACAAGAAGAAAGCGGCGGCGGCGGCGGCGGCGGAGACGGACGGGGGCGAGGAAACGGGCAAGAGGCACUUGGUGGAGGAUUCGAGAGGCAGGAGCGCGCCGGCCGGGGCGUCCCCGUCCAAACUGGCGUCGCUCUUCGAGGAGCCGCUGUACAGGACGAGGCUGCCGCCGCUCACGGACGACGACACGCUGUUCAACGUGAACGCGGAUAUCAGGUUCAGCCCGAAGGCGGCCGAUGAUCCCGACUGGCACAAUGAAGGGAACAAAGAGGAGUUUAAUCCGACCGGAGAGACCUCUGCGGACACCUAUCCAAACUGGCUCAGGUUCCACAUUGGGAUUAAUCGCUACGAACUCUACUCGAGACACAGCCCAGUUAUGGACGCGCUGCUGAAGGAUCUCGUCACUCAGAAAAUUACCAGCGUUGCUAUGAAGUCUGGAGGCACGCAACUGAAGCUCAUCAUGACUUUCCAGAACUAUGGACAGGCCCUGUUUAAACCCAUGAAGCAAACCAGGGAGCAGGAGACGCCGCCCGACUUCUUCUACUUCUCCGAUUUCGAGAGGCACAACGCCGAGAUCGCCGCCUUUCAUCUGGAUAGGAUCCUGGACUUCCGGCGGGUGCCUCCGGUGGCCGGAAGGCUGGUCAACAUGACGAAGGAAAUCAGGGACGUGACGCGUGACAAGAAGCUGUGGAGAACCUUCUUCAUUUCCCCAGCCAAUAAUAUCUGCUUCUAUGGAGAGUGCUCCUACUACUGCUCGACGGAGCACGCCCUGUGUGGGAAGCCAGACCAGAUCGAAGGAUCCUUGGCCGCCUUUCUCCCUGACCUGGCCCUGGCCAAGCGCAAGACCUGGAGGAACCCCUGGCGCCGGUCCUACCAUAAGCGCAAGAAGGCCGAAUGGGAGGUGGACCCAGAUUACUGUGAGGAGGUCAAGCAGACGCCCCCAUACGACAGCGGCACGCGUCUGCUGGAUAUCAUGGACAUGACCAUCUUUGAUUUUCUGAUGGGUAAUAUGGAUCGCCAUCACUAUGAGACUUUUGAAAAGUUUGGGAACGACACAUUUAUCAUCCACUUGGAUAAUGGGAGAGGGUUUGGGAAACACUCCCAUGAUGAAAUGUCCAUUCUGGUGCCUUUAAGCCAAUGCUGCAGGGUGAAGAAGUCGACCCAGCUGCGUCUCCAGCUCCUGGCCAAAGAGGAGUACAAGCUGAGCGAGCUGAUGGCCGAGUCUCUGGAGAGGGACAAACUGACGCCCGUGCUCAUCCGGCCGCACCUGGAGGCCAUGGACCGGCGCCUGCGCCUGGUGCUCAGGGUGCUGGCCGACUGCAUCGAGAAGGAGGGCUACGGCGCCGUGGUGGAGGACGACCUGGACGCGGCCGGCACCCGCGGGGUCCAGAGCGGGAGGUAGUAGGCAGCGCUCUCCCCGCGCUCUACGCCAGCAACAUGCCAACCCCCCCCCCCCGUCCCCAGCCC